AUGUACAUCUGUGACUUUCGGCUUCUGCUGUAUCUACAGUUGGACAUGCUUUUUACACUGUUUGUUGUACUGCAAGCUGUGAGUAAUACACAGGCCAUAGCCUUAGAUCCCUGCUCAGCGUACAUCAGUCUGAAUGAACCAUGGAGGAGCACUGACUACCAUGUCAACAACUCUGCAGGCGUCCCUCUGUGCGACCGGCAUGUAUCAGGGGAAUGGUAUCGCUUCACGGGUAUGGCUGGAGAUGCUAUGCCAACCUUCUGUAUCCAAGAAAACCACUGUGGAACCCAUGCGCCCAUUUGGCUGAAUGGGAGUCACCCUGGGCCUGGUGAUGGCAUUGUUACUCUAUCUGCCUGUGCUAGCUUCAAUAAUAACUGCUGCCAUUGGACAGCUAGUGUGGAGGUAAAGGCCUGUCCGAGGGGUUACUAUGUCUAUCGUUUACCCCGACCCUCUGUCUGCUUCCACGUCUACUGUGGCCAUUUCUAUGACAUAUGCGAUGAGGUGGAGUGUACAGGAUCUGACUGUCCCGUCGAGCCCGAAUGUCGCUGCUCUGAGGGAACCAUUCUAGGCCCUGAUGCACAAACAUGUCUGGAUGUGAAUGAGUGUGAGAAAGGGAAUGGAGGAUGCGCAGAGCUAUGCAUAAACACCAAGGGCUCUCGGCGAUGUGAAUGUGGACGCGGUAAAGUACUGGACGUGGAUGGGAGAAGCUGUAAAGAGACCGCAGGAUGUGACAAUGUGAACGGAGGCUGUAGCCAUGGAUGCUCAUCAGAGGACGACUCCUAUUACUGUCACUGUCCCUGGGGACUGAUGCUGGGAGAUGACAAACGGACCUGUCAGGUCCCUGUGCAGUGUGAUCCUAGUUCCAUAGAAGUCUCGGUUCCCAAAGACCUGGUGGGAGGGCUUGAACUUUUCCUGUCUAACACUUCCUGCCGUGGCAUUUCCAACGGGACUCACAUUAAUAUUCACUUUAGUCUGAAGACUUGCGGCACUGUGGUCCAGGUCAGUGAUGAUAAAAUCAUCGGCACUAACUUGGUGACAGGGUUACCGCGGUCAAGUCCCAGCAGCAAUGGGGAUUUAAUUGUGCGCACAAGCAAACUUCUACUACCAAUUACGUGUGAAUUUCCGCGCCAGUAUGAGGUGUCGGACGGCUACCUACCGAGUCUGCGCAACACAGCACUGGAGCUAGCGGGCCACAGCGAAGGAAUAUUCCCCUUCAGUUUGGAGCUGUUUAAGAGCGCUGAGUUUUCUGAACCGUACAACCAGCCUCCACAGCUGAAGUUACGCGACGUGUUGUACUUCGGCGUUGAGCCUCGGGAGCGGGUGGAUGGCCUCGCUGCUUUUGUUGAAAACUGUUUUGCCACACCUGGCCCCAAGGCUGACCAGGCCUUAAAGUAUUAUCUCAUCAAAGAUGGGUGCAUUUCCGAUGAAACGGUGCGUCAGCUUUCAGCUAAAGACGAGCUCUCCAAACACUACCAGGUCCCAGUCUUCAAGUUCAUUGGCAAGGACAACAGAGAGGUGUUUCUGCAUUGCCGUGUGCUGGUGUGUGGGCAGACGCAAGGGGAGUCUCGCUGUACACAGGGCUGCCGAAAGCGAUUGAGAAGAGAUCUCUGGACUGAUCAGCACCAAGAGCAAAACAUACUGUCCAGUGGGCCGAUUCACAUACUGCCAGAUCCAUGAGCCAGCAUAAAGAAAACAGCGCCAUCUACAGGCUAACUUAAUGUAUUUAAACACCAAUCACAGUUUGCACUGCAAAAAAAUGUUCAUUAACAGCUUCCAUAUUUUGUGUUUUUCAUUUAAUUACAGUUGUGAAUUGCAUUAUGCGAUGUUGAUCUCUGCUCUGUUGACUUUUGAUGUUGAAAAUUCAACUCUACAGUUUAAAAGUGACUUUUAUUAACAUUUAAGUAGAUUUAAAUAGUAUAAUGCAGUCGUCCCCAACCUUUUUAUUACCGUGGACCAGUCAACACUUGACAAUUUUUAGGGGGGGGCGGGGGUGUACAUACACUCAAAACUAUUUUUUUUCUCUUUCAAACUAAUUUAAAAUUAGCUGAAACAACACAAUUUUUGAGAUUUCAUUGGGACAACUUAAUUUUUAAUGUUUAAUCCACAUAAAUUUGUUAAAAGUGUUAAGUUAACCUUAUCAAUUUGUGUUUGGACAACAUGAAUGAUUUGUGGAACCCUGCAUUUUUUACAGUGUAUAUUGCUAGGUGACCAUCUAAUGUAUCUUUUUCUCAGAGGAUGACAAGCUGACAAAACAUUGCUGUACAAGUUUUAUCUAUGGAGAAAAUUAAUUUGUUCUGUGUUUGUCUGAGGUAUUUAGUCUACCGAAACACAAAGUAUGAAUGAACUAUUCCAUACAAAGUAUGAAGCUGAUCAGGCAGUUCUUGCCACGUGACUCCCGGUGCGCUCACAGAAUUCUGAAAAGCUGGGAUGUUUUCAACUGGGUUUACCUGGAAUUCGCGAGCGACUUGAGGUGCAUGUGUGCGACGCUCCCAAUAUGAGCAUGCGCCCCCAUUCUAAAUAACGAACUUGCAUGUGGAAAAGACACGAUAUUUGAUUGCAGCCGCCAUUAUUAUCUCCAGCAGUUGAUCUUCCUGCACAGACAUGCUGAAUUUACCUGCUUUGUUGACAAAUGGGUUGCAGAUCCAUUCAUUGGCAGCUCGUGGGUCCUUCACUUGCCCUUUUCCCAUUCAAAAAAGGAACUUUCCAAAGAUGUCUGUUUUUUACUCAUUUUGCUAGCUUGUGGGUUAAAUUUUGGCACUCAAGCGACCGAGAUAUAGCUGACAGAAUAUGAUAAUUUUUCAAAAUAAAAGAUUUUUUAAAAUAAAGAUCGUUCAGACUCAGAUAAUAAAUAAAACGGAAGUGAUUAAUGAUUUCCUGUGUUGCCCGGUACUAAUUGAUCGACCUACCGGCCUAUGGCCCGGGGGUUGGGGACCACUGGUAAUGUAAAAAAAUUAAUAUAGAGAGAAAUAAGUCUGUAAAAGCUGCCUGAUCUCACGAGAAAACGUAAGUAUUUUACGUUUUGUCAGUUUAGUGGCUAAUUCAGUCGUACGAAAUUGUAUGAUUUUAAAAAGGAGGCGUGGCACCUAACCCCACCCCUAAACCCAACCGUCAUUGGGGGAUGAGCAAAUCGUACAAAAAUGUACGAAUUAGAUUGUACAAAUUCAUACGAAUUAGCCACUAAAUCAAAAAGUUACGAAUUGCCGUGAGAUUGUGUUGGUAAAAGAACAGAAAAUGUGCUGGCAGUUUAUUACAAGGUGUUUGUAGCGUAAUAUACAACACCAACCCAGAGAAAAUAUAACUUUAAACUAUUAAACAUGUUCAUAAAAGUAACUUUUUCUAACUUUUCAAGGUUAAAAGUUGUUGGAAGAAAGAUCCCAUACGUCCCAUAAUGCAACUCAAAAGCAUUAAUAAAAACAUGAAUCACAAAAUAUGGAAAACCGCUACUUUACGGAUGUUUUUACAUUGUAGUCAGUAAUAAUCAUACAUGAAUUGAUAAGAGGAGGCUCUGUUGAAGCCUGCCUCAUCUCCACUGCUUCUAAUCCUAUUCUACGUUAUAUAAUCCUCACCUGACCAGAAAGAAAAAUGUAUCUCCAUCUGCAUUCAUUUGUUGUACUGUAAUGUGUGUACAAUUAACAAGCAUGGAAGCACAGAAUAAAUAAAAAGCUUAAAUGGC